GCAGUGAUGAGAGGUGAACACUAGAGAGGAAGAAAGCAGUCCAACAUACACUCGGCACCAACAUGGCACCAAUCGGAUUAAAGGCGGUGGUCGGUGAAAUGGAACACACGUAAACAAGAUAGCUGUGGCGCUCCGUCACGGAUGAAGAUGCGACCAUCUUCAUCACAUACACACGAAUAGAGAGGCGACAGUGCGCAGGGACACGGCAGGAGACAAAUAUAACGCCGGGCGAUAUGUGAGAGAUUAUGAAUGAUGUCAUCAAGAAGGUGAAGAAGAAGGGAGAAUGGAAGGCCCUGAUUGUGGACCAGCUGAGCAUGAGGAUGUUGUCUUCUUGCUGCAAGAUGACAGACAUCAUGACAGAGGGCAUCACCAUUGUGGAGGACAUCAACAAGCGACGAGAGCCUCUUCCCAGCUUGGAGGCCAUUUUCCUGAUUACACCGACAGAAAAGUCUGUCCACACCCUCAUUGGAGACUUCAAAGACCCUCACUCAGCAAAAUACAAGGCGGCCCAUGUUUUCUUCACUGACUCCUGUCCUGAUCCUCUGUUCAAUGAGCUGGUGAAGAGUCGAGCUUCGAAAACCAUCAAGACUCUGACGGAGAUCAAUAUCGCUUUCUUGCCCUAUGAGUCUCAGGUGUACUCUCUGGACAAUCCUGAUGCCUUCCACAGUUUCUACAGCCCUCAUAAGACCCAGCUGAAGAACCCUGUGAUGGAGAGGCUUGCUGAGCAACUGGCCACGCUGUGUGCCACACUGAAGGAGUACCCGGCUGUCAGAUAUAGAGGGGAGUACAAAGACAAUGCCACCUUGGCUCAGCUGGUUCAGGACAAACUGGACGCCUACAAGGCUGAUGAUCCCACCAUGGGAGAGGGUCCAGAUAAGGCCCGCUCACAGUUGAUCAUCUUGGACAGAGCCUUUGACCCCGUCUCACCUGUCCUGCAUGAGCUCACCUUCCAGGCGAUGGGCUAUGACCUGCUGCCCAUUGAAAACGACGUUUACAAGUACGACACCAGUGGCAUGGGUGACUCUCGUGAGAAGGAGGUUUUGCUGCAUGAAGACGACGAUCUGUGGGUGAGCCUGAGACACAAACACAUCGCCGAGGUGUCCCAGGAAGUGACACGUCAGCUGAAGGAAUUUUCCUCAAGCAAGAGAAUGAACACCGGAGAGAAGACCACAAUGAGGGAUCUGUCCCAGAUGCUGAAGAAGAUGCCACAGUACCAGAAGGAGCUCAGCAAGUACUCCACUCACCUGCAGCUUGCUGAGGACUGCAUGAAGCAUUACCAGGGGACGGUGGACAAGCUGUGCCGCGUCGAACAGGAUCUCGCAAUGGGCACGGAUGCUGAGGGUGAGAAGAUCAAAGAUCCCAUGAGGGCCAUUGUUCCCAUCCUGCUGGAUGCCAAUGUCAGCACAUACGACAAGAUCCGCAUCAUCCUGCUCUACAUCUUCCUCAAGAAUGGCAUAACAGAGGAGAACCUGAACAAGUUGAUCCAACAUGCUCAGAUCCCUCCUGAAGACAGCGAGAUCAUCAGCAACAUGGCUCACCUGGGCGUCCCCAUUGUCACAGACUCAACUCUGCGCCGAGGGAAGAAAAUGGACAGGAAGGAGCGAGUGAGCGAGCAGACUUAUCAACUGUCCCGCUGGACACCAUUAGUCAAGGACAUCAUGGAGGAUGCCAUUGAUGACAAACUCGACACAAAGCACUACCCCUACAUCUCCACCCGCUCUUCAGCCUCUUUCAGCACCACUGCUGUCAGUGCUCGGUAUGGACACUGGCACAAGAACAAGACACCUGGAGAAUACCGCACAGGCCCACGUGUCAUGGUCUUUGUCAUCGGUGGGGUGUCCUUCAGCGAGAUGCGCUGCGCGUAUGAGGUCACACAGGCCAAUGGGAAGUGGGAAGCCAUCAUUGGUUCCACCCACAUGCUCACCCCCACCAAAUUCUUAUCGGACCUGCAGCACCCCGACUUCCGAGAGUCCACUAGGGUGUCCUUUGAGGACGCAGAGGCCUCAGACGAGUGAGGCAGAGACAGAGUGGGAGGGAGGGAGAGAGAAAUCACACAGAAAAAAGAUCCACCCACAUCUUCACCCCCACCAGCCUGCUGGAGCAGCUCAAGGCCAUGAACAAACCAGACGAGGAAGUGACAAGUUAAAAAACAACAAAAACCCCCUCCAGCGAGUCACAUCCCUCUCCCCCUCGACGUUGUUUAUUGUGUAUGCAUCUUGCUUGAGAAUAACUACAUUUAAAAAAGACGACAAAAAAUACAUGUUGAAGGUAAAGUAUUCUCAUCUUUAACGGAUGCAAGAAAAUACCCGAACAGAUUGAACGGAGGGGACAUACCAAAAUCUCACACGUGUAUGCUAUAAAACCUGCUAGAAUAUGUCAAAGUAGAUCUGUCCUUGUCCAUCAGCUUAGUGAAGGCGGGUGGAGGGUUGAAAUGUUGUAAAAUAUAUCAAUCGACAUGCAAUAUAUAUAAAUAUAUAUUUCAGUGGAGACGAGUCGCCCCCGCCGCUGCCCGUUUGAGAUGUUUGUACUAAGUAGCAUGCUUGGACUUGUGUGGACUGUUUACUGUGUUUGUAUCCAGUGUGGAUGUUGGCUUUUUUGGCUUGUUUGAUUUUGGUUAUUUAUUUUUAGGAGCUAGCUUUUUCCUAAGAAGUUGUUUUCGGAUACUCUACUGAAAGCGUUCUGUUUUACGACAUGCGGAAUACUCCUCUCCAAACCACGAGUCAAGCAUCAACGUUCCACAGCUCAAUCUAUGCAAGUUCACCACGCCGAUGCUUUUCAAGGUCACAUCCACUCCAAUACCGAUAUCCUAAAAACACAUAUUUUUCCGUGCAUUUUGGCCUCUUGUGCAAAUCCAAGCCCUUAAAACUCCGGCUUUAGUGUUUGUUCGGAUCAUGAACAGAACGUGACGUUAUUGACUUAUCGGUUUCAUUUUGGGCUUAACAUUAAAAAACCCCCACUGAUGAUGUUUUCUGGGCGCCACGUCGUUGCACAUCUGAUAUCACACGAUAUUGAUGAACAGGUGCGUCCUCACGUGUGACCAAGUGAGUUGUGGGUGCUUUUUCAAGCGUCUGAUUGGCCAAAAUGCACAUGACAGCCGGUGAAUGUGUUUUUAAUACACUGGAGCGGAGGAAAUGUGUGUUUUUAAAAUACCCGUGUUUGCGUGGACGUAGCCUAAUGCUUACUUUUUGUUACGGAGCCUCCUUGUGCUCACAAACGGAAGCCUUGGGAUUGAAUACAGUGGAACCCGCUUAAGUCGGUACCGGUAAUGUCAACGACCCGUCUGUGGUCCACUGUCUUUUUCUCAUUACUAAAAAAUUGUGACGUACACGGUCGACCGCUGCUGUCGACAUAAAAUCUGAGGCCCAAAGGGGUCAUAUCUACGAAAAAUGGUUCCGUUUCAUACUUGUCAACCCUCCCAUUUUCACCGUAUAUUGUCCGUCUUUAUUUAUUAAUAGUUUCCCCCCGUAAAAAAAGGGAAAAAAAAUCCUCUCCGGUUCUGCCCGGUCUGCUCCCUCACGCUCGGGCAACAUCAGCAUAGCAACACAUCCCGUAGCCCGUAAAGUCAGACCUUCCAAUUAAAAGACGGACGGCAGUAAAACAACGUGGUUGCACCGCAGUAGGUCGGGUCGGGUCUUUAGACCGGCACAACCCCCUCUUCAGUCGAAUACAUUGUUAAAAAUAAGCAUCACAUGACUGUACGUGCAUUCAUCAAAGGGUAUGACCAUGGUUAUCAACAUUCAAGUUCCUUUGGACUAAAUCCAGUCAGUUAUUUCCUCAACAACCACCUAGCAUGAUAUCAUGCAUGUCAUAGUUACUGUAUGUCACACGGGUAUCAGUCAAGUCCAUUUUGUAUCAGAGAUCUGAAAGACAUGCAUUUUUAGCAUAAGAAUUGUCCUACUCUUUGAUGAAUGCAUGCACGGUCAUGUGAAAUAAGCCCGAGUCGACAGAACGCCCCUACGCCCGGGUGGAAGACCAAAAUGUUCCUUAUUUUCCGGAAAAUUCCGGGCGGUAGCGACAUAACCACUGUGGUAACUACCUGUAGACAGAUAGCCAACCACUUUAGUCGACGUGUUGUGGUAUUGUUGACAUCGUCACUGCAGGAAACAUCUGUGCACGUUUGAAAACGUUCUAGUCAUUUUAGUCAAGCGCAACCGAAGGAUGUGGAAGCAAUGGUUCCGGUUACCGGUUACGCAGUCGACGCCCGCUUACGUUGAUGUCAUUCAGCCAUUGUCAUGUCAUGUCAUUCGGGUUUAAGGCCAAGUAGCAGACUUGGACGUUUUGGCAAACACUUUCAAGAGAAUCAUCCCUCCUCUGACAGGUUCUCACUUGACGGACAACGCCUUGUUUUAAAGUGAGUAAUAUGUAGAUGAGGGCCAGUUGUAUUUCAGUAUUGUAUCCUGUCUUAUGGCUUAGUAGUGACGUUGCACUGAGUAGUGUUGUGUAUUUGUUGCCGUUUAGCGUCUCACUGUUGACCGUGACGUAGCGCUCGCUUUCCUUUAUGAAUUGAUGCCGAUAUGCAGCCGCUGUGUUUGUGACGUGUGUAGCCGUUAGUGGUCAGUAGGAAACAAGCAAAAAAUAGAAAUAUAUGGUUUCUUUACCUGAUUUUCCUCUGGUGCAAUGUGAACCCCCGCCCCCCAUGGUGAAUGGCUUUGCAAGAGUAAAAAAAAAAAAAAUCCCUCCACCUUUGUUCUGCCACCCGCCCCCCCAAAAGUGGAAUAUUGCACUAUAACGCAUUUUCUGUGCUGCAGACGCUUACUUGUGUACUUUAUUUUCUGUUGUAUAGGAUUACCUGUCAGAUCCAUCGAUUUAUUUUCAAAUGCUUUAUCUUAAAAAAGAAGUAUCGGCACAUUAGUCUGUCCUUCAACUUAUUGGGAAUGUAUGUUUGCAAGUGUUGAAGCACAAACAAUACUUCCAUGUGUACCUUAUAUGUGCUAAGACUGUCCAAUAAAUUGGCUUCCACUACA